AAGUGCUGUUGUUGAAUCGCUUCCUUACGUACAAUACGCGGCUGUUUUUUUUGCUCUCUCCUGAACACGUAUUAAUUUCAUAUAAAUGUUUAAAACUAAUUUGUUUUUCUCGGUUUGACAAAAUCGCCUCGGUGCAGUCCGAAGUUCUUCAAACUAGAUUACAUUACUAGCUGACUUGGGAACAAAGAGACGCGGAAGUUAGCAAAACACGUCCAGGCACCGACGUCGAACUUUCUCGAACAAAAAGCGAGCGAAAAACGUCAACCACUGGACACUCGUAUCAAGAAGCCUUAAGUUGCAUUGCAGGAGCAGUUCACCGUCUUACCAUCAAAACACCAACAAUGGAGGACACUGGUGGGAUCAGAUGUGCACAAAGUUCCAGCGUAAGAGAGCUUCCACUUGAGCCUGAGCAGUCGGAGCCCUCCUACGUUAAAGAAGAGGAGGACGACCACAGCAUUAGUUCGCGUGGAGAGCAGCUUCCAGCAAUGGACUUCCCGGUCAUUCGUGUCAUUGUGAAGAGUGAAGACGAUGAAGACGAGCCGCACGCCUCACAGUUUCAUUGCAGCCAGCUUGAGAGGAGGCCAUCCCAAGCGGACAGCCUCGUGGCUCCACUGUCAGAUAAUGAUGACACGAUAUCACCUUCUCUCGACACUGACGAUGAACACCCUAAAGCUGACGAGACAUGUCACACUGACAACACACGCUUGACAUGUUGUGAAUGUGACAAAACAUUUGUCAACAAGAGAAAUCUGAAAAGACACAUGAGGAUUCACACGGGAGAGAAACCUUUUGUGUGCUCGUUCUGCGGUAAAGGCUUAUCUGAAAUGACAACUUUGAUAGCACACACAAGGACGCACACCGGCGAAAAACCCUUUCCCUGCUCAAUCUGUAACACAAGUUUUCGAGUGCGGGCGCUGUUGGUCAAACACAUGAGAACGCACACUGGGGAGAAACCUUAUUCUUGUCCAAUCUGCAAUCGAAGAUUCUCCCGAAAGGAAUCCAUGAUAACACACACACAAACACACACAGGUGAGAAACCUUUUGCCUGUUCAGUGUGUGGCCAAAGAUUCUCCCGAAAGGGAAAUUUGAGGACACAUUCAAGAACACAUACCGGAGAGAAGCCGUUUUCCUGCACGGUAUGCAACGCAAAUUUCCGAGUUCAGUCUGGAUUGGUUCAGCACAUGAGAACACACACUGGAGAGAAACCUUUUGCUUGCUCGGAAUGUGACAAAAGAUUCACCCAGAGGACAAAUCUGAUCACACACUCAAGAUCACACACUGGAGAAAAACCUUUCACCUGCUCAAUUUGCCAUACAAGCUUUAGUUAUCAUUCUUCAUUAAAUAAUCACAUGAGAACGCACAGUAAGUAACAAUGUCUGGAUCAAGUUUGUGCGAUCACGACAUUUUUUUUAAGUGACCAGCUACAUUGUAAGGGCUCACUACUUCCCAUGUUUCCAUUGUGACUUAUAGAACACAGGAGAUAGCGUGUACAUCUACUCUAAAUUAAAUUAUGCAAGAGAAAGUGA